CGUUUCGCGAUGGACCGGCGGCGGGCCGAGACAAAAGCGCCGGCAAAGAAGGUCCCGGGCAAAGCCAAGCCCGAGACCAAGUCGUCCAAUAAGGAGGAUCAGUUUUCUCGGGCGAGCGGCCGGCUCAAGGAGCUUCAGAAGAAUACGGUGAGCAGUGCCAGCCGCGUCAAAGCCGCCGCUUCCAACCAGAGCGUGGCCCCCAAGUCGCCCCCCAAGAGCACCAAUGCCUACAAGGCGCGACCGAUUGAGAAGACCAAGUUUCGCUACUUUUACGACCGGGGCGAUCUCCCGCUGCGCAUCAACUUCAAUGGGGCCGUGCGCAAGGUGCAAUGGCAAGUGGACAUUACAACGCUUGACUACACGCACUACCUCCCGCUCUUCAUCGAGGGCCUCCGCGAGCUCGACGAGCCUUACAAGUUUUUGGCGCUCAACGGCACGCUCGACUUGCUAGAGAAAGGCGGAGACCGGUCGCUCACGUCCAUUCCGCACUUGAUUCUGCCCAUGAAGCAGAAUCUCAUGACGCGCCAGCCACAGAUACUCUGUACGCAGAUGAAGGUGCUUCAGAAGCUCGUGCUGCUCUGUCCCUACGCUGGCGAAGCUCUUGUGCCCUACUACCGGCAACUCUUGACGAUUUUCAACCUCUUCAUCACCAAGCGCGGUACGAUACAAAAUGCAUAGUUCGCGACAAGAAAGAUGCGGUGUAGUCAACUGCGGUGACGCGAUCGACUAUGGCCAGCAGCGCAACGAUAAUCUCGGCGACCUCAUCACCGAGACUUUGUACAUACUGGAGCGCCACGGCGGUGAGGACGCCUUCGUCAACAUCAAGUACAUGAUCCCUACGUAUGAAAGCUGCGUCAUUUAGUACAGCCUACGAUAGUGCAGCCGUGCACCAAGGGUCAAUAAACAGUUUAUCGACCCUUGCGUGCACGUAGCGUGUAUUAGCCGCAAAUAGCAUAAAUUACUUAACCCAAAAAAUGCCCAACGCCUUAACACACUUUCUGAGAUCAAUCA